UUCACUUAUGCUCGCUUGUUACAGCGAUAUAGUUUCUUUUGUUGGACUUUUAUUUAUUUGUUUUUUGUUUAUUAUGGCUGAAGCAGCGGUUCGGGCCGCUAGUGAUAAGGAUGACAGUUUUAUUGAUACCGAAAAAAGUGACAAAUCUUCGACUUCAGUGAAAUCGGUUAAUUCGAAAUCGAACACUAAACCACGUCCUUCGUCUAGUGGUUCAAAAUGCAGUGUCAAGGAUUUGGAUAAAAGAGUUUCGGAUAUGGAACGUAAGUUUGACUCUGGCUUUGAAAAACUUUUUCAGUCUUUAGAAGCUUUAAAAUCUACGUCACAGUAUACAGAGGGUUCAGCCCUGCUGAGAACUGUUGAUAAUAUGGGACAGCACACAGUGGGUUCAGCCCAGCUGGGAGCUGUUGAUGAGGGUAGUAGCACUUUGGCUCACAGACCUCGUAGAUGUAUGAACAUUAAUGAUGAUGCUGUUACAGAUGAUAUUUUGUCCUUGCAUCCUAGAGAUCAAGAGAGACUUGACAGUUUUGGUCUUUGUGAUGAUGUUGCCUCAAUUCAUUCAUCUAUUUCUGACAGUUCAGCACCUCGUAAUGAUGCUUUUCAGGGGUAUUUAAAUCCAGAAACUCCUAUUAUGUUACAAGAGUUAUUUGGCUCAGAUAGUUCACAACAUGAUGGUGCUUCUAGUGGUUUAAUUUUAGAUGAUUUACAAGUGUCUAUACUUAAUAAAUCAUGGAGAGCACAAAAUCCGGAGCGUAUUUCGGCUUAUAAAGAAGAAUAUAAAUCUUGCUUUCCUGUUCACGAGAAAAGUGUAGAAUUUCUAGGGGUUCCUGGAUUGGAUGAAUUAUUGGAACCUAUGCUACAAAAACGACAUGGUGCAAAAAUGACAAAAGCAUGGGGUAAAAGCAGACAAUUGUGCACUCAACCAUUAAAGUCAAUUGAAACACUAAAUUACCAAGGACAAUUAGCGUCUAGGUUGAACAUUAUUGCUAUUUCUUAUAUUCAAAAGAGUUUAGGUAGCUUAUUGUCUACUCUUAAGGAAAAAGAACCAAAUAUGGACAAAGCAGUUCAAACUGUUAGAGAUAUUUUUGAAAUGUCGUCAAAAGCCUUGGAUCAAGCUGGAAGAUCAGGGGCGUUUCAUCAUCUUUCCCGUAGGAAGGCCGCAGUAUCAGAUUCGGGUUUAAAUACAUUGAAAGACAUUCAGUCAAAAGUUAUGUAUUUGCCUCUUACGGCAGAUGGUGUGUUUGGUUCGGGUCUGCAGUCUAAAUUAAAAAAUAGGAAAGAACAAAAAGACCAGUUAACAGACUUAGUUCCAGAAUUUUUUGAAAGGCAGAAAAGGAAACCUGAGACUUCAUAUGAAAGGUCAAAUUUUAAGAAGGCUAAAGUACAGCAUAACACUGGAGGGCAAAGACAGUCUUUUCCAUACAAUGUAUCUAACAGUAGGACUUUUCCAUUAAGUGGAAAUAAAGAAAAUAGACAGAAAGAUUUCAAGUCUCAAAGUGUGAAACCUAGAAGCACUGGUGCUAUACCUACUUUUCGUAUCCCAAAGAAACAAUGACCAGGAGAUGUAGUGACUUGCAGUCUCUGAAGUUAGGAGAAGGUUCAGUAAAUAUUCAACAGAAAGGUAUCACCUUUAUUCGUCAUGGUUUAGCUAAACAGGACAGACCAUCACAUUUUGGAGCAACUAUUUUCAUACCAUCUUUUCCAGAAAAUAAGAAAUUGGAUCCUAAAAGGUGUUUAUUUUAUUAUUUGAAAGCAACUGAAAAAUAUAGAAAGUCUGGGACUGGUGAAGAUGAAACAAAACUAUUCCUUGGGUUAAAUGAGCCACAUAAACCAGUUAGUUCUCAAACGUUAUCAAACUGGAUUGUUCAGACAUUAAAGUUAACACUUCAAGAUGAUAAGGUUAAAGUUAAAGCUCAUAGUACCAGAGCUAUUGGUCCAUCUUUUGCAUUGUUAUUAUCCCUCGCCGAAAAUUUGGCGGGGGAUAUAGAAAUAGUCUCCGUCCUUCCUUCCGUCCGUCCUUCUGUCCGACAUUUUUGUCCGGAGCAUAUCUCUAAAAGUAUUUUGAGUAAUCAACUUGAAACUUCAAAGGUGGAUAGACCUCAUUGAGGAGGAGUGCAGUGCACAAGAAUGAUAACUCUACCCUGCAUAAUUUUUGAGUUAUUGCCCUUUGUUAUUUUUCAAAAUUGAUUUUUGUCCAGAGCAUAACUCCAAAAUCCUAUGAGAUAUCAACAUGAAACUUCAUAGGUGCAUAGAUCUCACUCAGGAGGUGUGCAGUGCACAAGAAUGAUAACUCUACCUUUCAUAAUUUUUGAGUUAUUGCCCUUUGUUAUUUUUCAUACUUAAUUUUUCACCUGAGUGGAGCAUAACUCAAAAGUGUUUGACAUAUCAACAUGAAAUGUCAUAGGUGGAUAGAUCUUAUUGAGGAGGAAUGUUGUGCACAAGAAUGAUAACUCUUCCCUUUACAAUUUUUGAGUUAUUGCCCUUUGUUCUUUUUCAUGCUAUUUUGUCCAGAGCUUAUCUCAAAAAGUAUUUGAGGUAUCAACUUGAAACUGCAUAGGUGGAUGGAUCUCAUUGAGGAGGAGUGCAGUGCACAAGAAUGAUAACUCUACCCUGCAUAAUUUUUGAGUUAUUGCCCUUUGUUAUUUUUCAAAAUUAAUUUUGUCCAGAGCAUAACUCAAAAAGCCUUUGAGAUAUCAAAAUGAAACUUCAUAGGUGCAUAGAUCUCACUCAGGAGGUGUACAGUGCACAAGAAUGAUAACUCUACCUUUCAUAAUUUUAGAGUUAUUGCCCUUUGUUAUUUUUCAUACCUAAUUUUUCACCCGAGUGGAGCAUAACUCAAAAGUGUUUUGAGAUGUCAACAUGAAAUGUCAUAGGUGGAUAGAUUUUAUUGAGGAGGAAUGCUGUGCGCAAGAAUAAUAACUCUUCCCUGUACAAUUUUCGAGUUAUUGCCCUUUGUUCUUUUUCAUACUAUUUUGUCCGGAGCUUAUCUCAAAAAGUAUUUGAGGUAUCAACUUGAAACUUCAUAGGUGGAUGGAUCUCAUUGAGGAAGAGUGCAGUGCACAAGAAUGAUAACUCUACCCUGCAUAAUUGUUUAGUUAUUGCCCUUUUUUUAUUUUUCAAAAUUAAUUUUUGUCCAGAGCAUAACUCAAAAGGCCUUUGAGAUAUCAUUAUGAAACUUCAUAGGUGCAUAGAUCUAACUCAGGAGGUGUGCAGUGCACAAGAAUGAUAACUCUACCCUUUAUAAUUUUUGAGUUAUUGCCCUUUGUUAUUUUUCAUACUUAAUUUUUCAAUUCAAUUUUUUUCUCAAAAAGUAUUUGAGGUAUCAACUUGAAACUUCAUAGGUGGAUAGAUUUUACUGAGGAGGGAUGCAUCACACAAGAAUGAUAACCUACCCUGCAUUAUUUUUCAGUUAUUGCCCUGCCAUCAGUAUUCACAUAGGUUUCAAAUCUGUAAUCACUAUAGCCAUCAGUUUUCAUUACCAAAAGACCUCUUAAAAUGGAAUUAUUCUGCUUUACUACAUAUACAUUCUUCCUAUGAGCAAACACAUUCGGCAGGGGAUGGCCAUGUUGACAUGGCUCUUGUUCAAGGGUGCAUCAAUUGAAUCAAUUUUAGCUUCAGCAGACUGGAGUAGAGAGACUACUUUUACACGUUUUUAUCUAAGAAAUGUAAAUAGUACUUCAACAGUGUUGAAAACUUGAAAUAAGUUUUUUGAACUAAGAUUAAAUUUUAACUUUUAGCGAGUCGCUAUAUCAACUUAUUGAGGGAUUUUUCAUAUUUUAUGGCACUCGAUAAGUGCAUUGGUAUAUACAUAUAUACAUAUAUUGUGUACAUUAGUGAAGAUAGUGUUCUGAGAAUAUAGUGGACAUAGUGUUAUACAAGUGGAAACAGUAUUGACAGUGUUGUUCUGUACAUUUAUACAAGAGGAAACAGAUAUUCUGUACAUAGUGGAGAAUAAAGAAUGGACUUUUUCAUGUACAUAAUGGGAACAGAUACAUAUUUGUUGCAUAAAGAAUUUUGUCAGUAGAUAUUACCCUACACCACCAUCAGAGGUGAGUAUUGCUUUGAAAUCAAUCCUACAUGUAUAUUUAUGACUGGUAAGUUUAACGAGUGAAAUAAAAUUGAAAAAUUUGUAAUCAAGUUAAAAUUUUAUGAAUAAGUUAAACUUACCAGUCAUACUAGUUUCCCACCACCACCCCUUGGUAAUAUUCGGAUGGUGUAAUUGUUUUCACUUAAUCAGUAAAACUGAGGGGCGCAUGCUUUUACCGGUCCUAUGGACGCUUGCUUUUUAGUUUACGCAUGCGCCUCGGCGAGUCCGAUUGUAAACAAAGGGAAGUAAAUCCUACAUGUAUAUUUAUGACUGGUAAGUUUAACUUAUUCAUAAAAUUUUAACUUGAUUACA